CUCCAAAGUCUUAGUUAACAGAGUUAGAAAAAAAUCAGAUUGUAUUUGAAGUUCUGUGUUCAUCCUGGAGUAAUUAUUAUUCCAAUGGUACAAUAUGCAAUAUAACUUUAAUGCAUUUUUUGGUAUAGCAUAAAGAUUUUCUCUUUCUCUGACGUAUUUCUGAAAAUAAAAACAAAAUAAGUGGGGUAGAAGGCAUUAUUUAUGAAUUAUCAUGCUAAAUUAAUUAACUCAUUAAUUAAUUUAUUCAGGGCACACCCAGUUAUUCCCCAAACUGAGUGACAUGUAUCUUGUAAUAGACUCAUUAACCUUGAGAAAACCCAAAGGAUCAUUAUAACAGCAAAUAAGAAUGUAGGCAUCCACAUAGUGGAUGACUUUAAUGACCUGGCACACAGUGUUUUAUCUACUUGGCACAUGUACAGGUACAAGGAACACUUAACAUUUUGCACCAGAGCUUAUUACAUACCUUUUUUUAAUGCUUUAGGUAUUACAUAAAUGCUAAAAUUCUAAAACCUGUAGUAAAGCAAAGACCCAGAUUUUAUACUGCAGUAGUUUUGCCAGUAGGUCUCAUCCUCACUAACUUAUAUUUUAAGAUGAAGAACAAUGUAAGCAAGUGGGAAGAAAAAGAGCCAAUAUGAAGAAAUUGUCAUUGUUUUGAAAUCUUCUUUUCCUUUCCUGUAUUUCUGUGCAAGAAGAGAAUCAUCUCUGACCUUGUGAAAGGCAAAUACCAUGUAUAUUCAAGGCUUUAGAAUGUGUUCACCAUCAUGAGCUGACCAACAAUUUCUAAAUUCCUGCUCAGAAACACAGCAAGGGGAAUGCAGUCAAGCACAAAGGGAUUAAAUGACCAGAACUGUUUUAAUCAUGGACAAACAAAACACACAGAUGAAUGCUUCUCACCCGGAAACAAACUUGCCAGUUGGGUAUCCUCCUCAGUAUCCACCGACAGCAUUCCAAGGACCUCCAGGAUAUAAUGGCUACCCUGGGCCCCAGGUUGGCUACCCACCCCCACCAACUGGCCAUUCAGGUCCUGGCCCAGCUGGCUUUCCUGUCCCAAAUCAGCCAAUGUAUAAUCAGCCAGUAUAUAAUCAGCCAGGUGGAGCUGCAGGGAUACCAUGGAUGCCAGCACCACCACCUCCAUUAAACUGUCCACCUGGAUUAGAAUAUUUAAGUCAGAUAGAUCAGGUACUGAUUCAUCAGCAAAUUGAACUUCUGGAAGUUUUAACAGGUUUUGAAACUAAUAACAAAUAUGAAAUUAAGAACAGCUUUGGACAGAGGGUUUACUUUGCAGCAGAAGAUACUGAUUGCUGUACCCGAAAUUGCUGUGGGCCAUCUAGACCUUUUACCUUGAGGAUUAUUGAUAAUAUGGGUCAAGAAGUCAUAACUCUGGAGAGACCACUAAGAUGUAGCAGCUGUUGUUGUCCCUGCUGCCUUCAGGAGAUAGAAAUCCAAGCUCCUCCUGGUGUACCAGUAGGUUAUGUUAUUCAGACCUGGCACCCAUGUCUACCAAAGUUUACAAUUCAAAAUGAGAAAAGAGAGGAUGUACUAAAAAUAAGUGGUCCAUGUGUUGUGUGCAGCUGUUGUGGAGAUGUUGAUUUUGAGAUUAAAUCUCUUGAUGAACAGUGUGUGGUUGGCAAAAUUUCCAAGCACUGGACUGGAAUUUUGAGAGAGGCAUUUACAGAUGCUGAUAACUUUGGAAUCCAGUUCCCUUUAGACCUUGAUGUUAAAAUGAAAGCUGUAAUGAUUGGUGCCUGUUUUCUCAUUGAUUUCAUGUUUUUUGAAAGCACUGGCAGCCAGGAACAAAAAUCAGGAGUGUGGUAGUGGAUUAGUGAAAGUCUCCUCAGGAAAUCUGAAGUCCGUAAAUUGAUUGAGACUAUCUAAACUCAUACCUGUGUGAAUUAAGCUGUAAUGCCUGUAGCUCUGAUUGUAUACUUUUGCUUUUCAAAUUAUAGUUUAUCAUCUGUAUAACUGUUUAUAGAGGUUUUUGUACAUUUUUUAAUACUUAUUGUGAAUUUGAGAAAAAGGACAUCUGAGUUUUUGCAUUUAUUAAUGAAACUUCCUGUGAAAAACUGCUUUGAAUUAUGAUCUCUGAUCCACUGUCCAUUUUACUACCAAAUAUUAACUAAGGCCUUAUUAAUUUUUAUAUAAAUUAUAUUUUAAAUCUAGUUACAAUUUAUUUCAUGCAUAAGAGCUAAUGUUAUUUUGCAAAUGCCAUAUAUUCAAAAAAGUUCAAAGAUAAUUUUCUUUACUCUUAUGUUCAAAUAAUAUUCAAUAUGUAUAUUAUCUUUAAAAAGUUAAAUGUAUUUUUUUAAUCUUCAAGAAAUUAUGCUACACUUCACUUCUCCCAGAAGCUAAGCUGUGCCAUAAAUGAUACAUUCAUAUUCAUGAGAUAUUAAAUUACCAAUUUUUAAAUUAUUGUUAGUAAAGAACAAAAUGAUUCUUGUCCAAAGAAAGGCACAUUUUAAACACUCUUUCACUCUAAAACUCAUACUAUUAUAACUUUUGAAAGUUAAUAUUUAUAUAUGAAAUGUAUAGCUUUUAUACUCUAUCCUUUCUAGAAAAUGGUAAUUGAGAUUACUCAGAUGUUAAUUAAAUAUAAUAUUAUAUAUAUAUAUUCACAGAAAAUAAACCUAAAUAAUGAUCUAUUAGAUUCAAAUAUUUGAAAUAAAAACUUGAUUUUUUUGUA